AGUAUUUGUUCGCACGUCCCUUAAUAAACAAAGACCAUAAAUGUAGCCUAGCCAAUCUGUCAAUAUGAACCCCCAAUUUUUAAAGCCUAUUCCCCUAAUCUCUCACCUCCUUCCCCCUUAAAUUCCUAAUCCGUCCACUUUGCCUUUCAUUUUGUGUAAUCUACCUAAACCCAUUCCAUGCUUAGAUACUAUAAUAGCCACAUUAAUCACCACAUAAUAGUAUUAGAUCAAGAUACUCAAGAUUGCACCUACCACAAAGUGACAAGUUAACCAGCUCCAAAUCUCAAGAAAAAUGAAAAGUAAAUUCAAAAACCCAUAUACACCUCAAGAAGAAGACACUUACAUGUCUCAAGAUUCCCCUCCUUCUUCCACCACAUUAAACAUCGAUGGCUCAGUCACUUCCAUCUCUUCACCAUCAAAGAAAAGCAGAAGAGCCAUAAACAAAAGGGUAGUGCAAAUCCCAAUCAAGGAACCUCAAGGAUCAAGGCUUAAAGGAGAGAGUAAUACCCCACCGUCCGAUUCAUGGGCAUGGAGAAAGUACGGUCAGAAACCCAUCAAAGGUUCCCCUUAUCCAAGAGCGUACUACAGGUGUAGCAGUUGCAAAGGUUGUCCAGCGAGGAAACAAGUGGAGAGAAGCCGCGUGGACCCCACAAUGCUCGUCAUAACCUAUUCCUCAGACCACAACCACCCAUGGCCGGUUUCACGAAACACAACAAGACUCGCCGUGAAGAAAACCGAACCAGACCCGGUCGAACCGGAAGAGAAAUUUACCGGAAACUUGGUUGGGGACGAGUUGGGGUGGUUAGGAGAGAUGGAUACGACGUCGUCAGCUCUUCUAGAAAGUUCUAUAAUGGCAGAAUUCGAUGCUGACGUGGGGUCCUUAAUGUUGCCGAUGGGGGAAGAAGAUGAGUUGCUUUUCGCUGAUCUUGGGGAGUUGCCGGAGUGUUCGACGGUGUUCCGGCGUGGGUUGUUGGAUGGACGGCGGCGGUUAACGGCUCCGUAAUGUGGGACCACAACAAGUUGACAAAUUGGUGCACCAUUUGACACGUUCUUCGCGCGUCUACAUCUACACAAGAAAAAGAUACAUUCUGAUUUAUUUUAUUCUUUCUUGUUUUUCAGAUUGUUCCUAUUUUGUUUAUUUUAAUAAAUAAAUAAAUAAAUUAGUAUC